UUUUCUGCUUAGUAGUUAAUGGGUUAACAUGGAGUGCAUAUGAAGUUUGCCCUAGUGUGAGGGAGGUACAGAUACACUGCCAAAUGAUCCCAGAGCAGAUGUCCUGAAAGGAAAUAAAUUUUUAAAAAAGAAAUCUUUAGUUGUAUUUGGAGCUAAAUAGAGUGAGUCAAGUGAAGAGUUUAACAGCUACCCACACCAAUAAAGGCCUUUAGUCUGGGCGAUCCAGCCUUUAAUCCCACUCCUUUUAAUUGUAUUCUUUUCCUCUCUGGAUUAUCUACUUAAAUUGCAGUUAUUCCACACUUCAUUUUACCAUUUUGACAGUCGAGAUCAUAGAAUCUGGAAGAGGUUUUGAAUACACAAGAGAAAUGGAGGUUGAAUUUGAAUAGAGUGAAGUCUUCAUGUGUUCACUUUCUCUAAAGCCUGGGAAUACAUUAAUUUUUCUUAAAAUAUUACUGAUUUUUUAAAAGCAUCUCUGUUUGGGUAUGGAAUUUAUUUAUUGACAUAAUAAACAACGUAUUGACUAUCUUUCACCGUUUAGAGAAAAGGAAAGUUUAUAUUUGCUCUAAUCACUGCCAUUUUAUGCGUCAGGUUGAAAAGCAGAUUUUUUUUGGUUUGUUUUGAAGUAGACAUUUGUAUUCUGUUUUUUCUUAUGUGGCUUCUGAAUUGAGUUGUUUCUGGACAGGUUUAAAAGUUUGUUCAUGUCUUACCCUGUGCUGUAUACUUCUGACCUUAGAAUGGCUUCUCAUGCAUUCAAAAUGAGUUUGGUUACAAACUGGGUAAACAGAUUUAUAACCAUAGGGACCACACUGAUAAAUUGAAAUUGUGCCAAAGCAACUUGAGAAGUGAGAGGACUAAGUGGAAUAGAACAUUCAAGUAAAUAACUUCCUGGCAAAAACUUACCAUAGAAGUGUACACAUUAAUUUUCAAAUUUUAUUUUAUUUGCAAAUGAGUAUGAUGGGUUUGUCACUAUGUACACACAGAUAUCACAGUGGAUCCUUCAAACAAAUUUGAUAGUGGUGAGUGCUUGGGGAUGGUGAAAUAAAGUAUUUUAUGCUGCCAGGAAUUCUAUUUAUGUUAUACUAAUCUUUGUUUUUGACUUUGUCCCUAUUUAUAAAAUGUAUAAUGACUUAAUCUGGGUUCUAGUGAUUGCUUGUUCAACCAUUUUGGUAUCUGGCCAACGUGAUUGGUACUGGUGAAAAAUGUUUUAGACCAGUUAUUUUCAGUAUAGCAGGGGAUCCCCCCCACUUUGUUUGUUUGUACUGAUGGUCAGAGGUAGGGGUAGGGGCCUGGUUAAAUUGUUCACUGCAGAGUCUGUUUAACUAGUUAACAGCUCUUUUCAGUUUUCUGUGCUUUUCUGUUUCCUGAAGUCUUUCCUCUUUUUCUCUUCACUAAUCUGCUUUAACUUUCUCUUUUUUCCUAGUUCUCCUUGGAUUAUUCUACAACUGUAACAAUGUGUACAUAAUGAUCCAACUUUAGAAAAUAAAAGUGACAUCAGCUCUAGGCUACCGCCCCAUUCCAUCAGAGACUUAUGUGGGAGGGAGUUUACCUCUACCUCCCCCAGUAAGUGACCGGAUGAGGAAAAGGCGGGCCUUUGCUGAUAAAGAGUUGGAGAACAUUAUGCUGGAGAGAGAAUAUAAAGAGAGGGAGAUGUUGGAAGCUUCCCAAGCUGCUGCCCUAUUCCUGCCCAAUCGCAUGGUACAUGGUUCUGAGUACAACUCCUACAAAAGUGGCUACAGUCCCACGCCAGUGGAACCACCAAGCAAAGACUUCUGCAAUUUUUUGCCCACCUGCCUUGACCUCACCAUGCAGUAUUCAGGGUCUGGGAAUAUGGAACUAAUUUCUUCCAAUGUCAGCGUGGCCACGACCUACAGGCAGUAUCCCCUGUCCUCGAGAUUUUUAGUUUGGCCCAAGUGUGGCCCCAUUAGUGAUACCCUCCUCUACCAGCAGUGCCUGCUGAAUGCUACCACGUCAGUUCAGGCCCUGAAGCCUGGGGCCAGCUGGGACCUGAAGGGAGUACGACUGCACGAUGGACUCGGAACAGAUCAUGAUAUAAUGCCACCGAAAUUGGAAGGCUCUCUGGUGCCGCCUCACACUCCUGAGGGCCAGAUCUCAAGAAGUGACCUUCAGGGUCACCAGGCCGUCCCCGAGAGGUCUGCGUUCUCCCCACCCCAACGGAAUUUUUUGCCCAUUGUUGACACGGACUCCCUGGCAGCUCAAGGGCACGUCUUAACCAAGAUCAGCAAAGAAAGCACCAGGCACCCUCUGCCACUUAAACAUAAUCCAUUCCACUCAUUAUUCCAGCAAACUCUUAAUGACAAAUCAGGUCCCGAGUUGAAAACAUCAUCUGUCAAAGAGGCCUUUGAAGAGGCCCCUAAGAAACCCAGAGAGUGUUUAGUCAAGGAGAACCAGAAGUACACAUUUACAAUAGAUAGAUGUGCAAAAGACCUUUUCGUAGCCAAACAAGUUGGAACAAGACUCUCAGUGAAUGAACCGCUGUCAUUUUCUGUUGAGUCUAUUCUUAAGAGGCCUUCGUCUGCCAUCACUCAUGUCUCUCAGUGAAAGGCUGCUUAAAUGGGAAGCUGGAUUUUCUGCAGUCUCAGAGGAUUCUUACCAGUCACUAAUUUUUUUUCAAAGAAAGAAGUUGAGAUGCUUGUAUAAAGAAAUUUCUAAUGUAAAUGAUGAUGAUUUUAAAAAAUUCUAUAUAUUCUUAAUGCAUGUACUUUCCCUUACCACAUAAAUAUAUUUAAACUUAAAGAUGGAUCUUGCUGAUGUGCAAAUUGUGAAGUUUCAGGCUUUACACAGCAUUUCAAAAAGCAAUAAAAUUGACACUGUCUUCUAAAAGA